UGGAGGUGUGAGUCCUGCUUUACUGGAGCAUUAACAGAAGACGCGAUGUUUUCGUCCGCGGGAAAGCGCUGCUUCACCAUCGAGUCUUUGGUGGCCAAAGACAGUCCACUGGUCACAGAGGAGCCUCUGAGGCCCACCGCGUUAUCUUAUCCCUCUCAGCCCGGGCCAGAGGCUCUUAUGGGCGGGUAUCAGCCGCCUGCCCCGGCCCGGCCGCUGUACCAGAGCCCCGAGCUGCUGUUCCCGGAGUCUGCGGCUCAUCCUCUCGCUGUGGCGCCGCAUCAGCACCUGCAGCACCCGCACUUUUUCGGCUCUCAGCACCGCGACCCCCUGCACUUUUACCCCUGGGUCCUACGGAAUCGCUUCUUUGGACACCGAUUCCAAGGAAAUGAAGUGUCCCAGGACAGCCUCCUGCUUCACGGUCCGUUCGCCAGAAAACCCAAGCGCAUCCGCACGGCCUUCUCCCCCUCUCAGCUGCUGCGCCUGGAGCGCGCCUUCGAGAAGAACCACUACGUGGUGGGAGCGGAGCGGAAGCAGCUGGCCAACAGCCUGAGCCUGUCCGAGACACAGGUUAAAGUUUGGUUCCAGAACAGACGGACCAAAUACAAGCGUCAGAAACUGGAGGAAGAGGGUCCCGAGAGCCAACAGAAGAAGAAGGGAAACCACCAUAUCAACAGAUGGCGCAUCGCUACCAAACAGUCCAGUUCAGACGAUAUUGACGUCACAUCGGAGGACUAACCCAACCC